CACAAAUACAGCAAGCUUUUGCAUUCCAUGUAUUAUACAAUAACUCGUGUAAUUUAUAAUUGGGAAGAGGAUAGAGUACAUUCACCCAACAGUUCUGCGAUUUGAAAUUUCCCUUCAUAGGCGCCAUACCGUUUAGUUCCUGCCGUUGCUACAAGGUAUCGCAUCGUGCACUAAGCAUCGCCAAUAUAUAGCGACACCAAGCUAGUAGCCGCCUACCGCAGCUUGGCUUCGCGCGAUGGGGCUUUCGUUUUCUGUAUAGUUUAGCAGUCAGUCAACAGUAUAACGACGUACAGUGUACGUGUAGGUGAUGAGUGCGAUGCUGUAUAUAUAGCUAGCGUUGGGUAGAUAUUGCGUGUUGUAUCAUACGAGAAUUAGUAAACAUUCAACGAGGAUACUGUAAUUGAAAAUGAUAUUUAAUUAAUAAUUGCUAAAAAAAUGUGGAACUCUUGGUUAUAAAGUUACUGUACGGAUGUUUUUGCCCUAAAUUCACUUGUUUGGCUCACACGAAAAGAUCCGUGACAAAAAAAGAAUCUUUGGUGGAAUUUUUCUUUCUGGCUUUUUAUUGAGAGACACUCGAUUUGCCAUCAGCUGACCCUUGAUGAGCGAGUGAAAAACAAUCUUGAUGCUGCAAAAUACUUUGUUUAUUGAGAACGCAGAGGAGGAUUUAGAGCAUUUCUUGAAGAGUGAUAAACGCAAAAGAGUGCUCAUAUUUCCGCCAGUCAACAAUUACCGGCGGUUUCUCAUCCACCAACUAGUGCAAGAACGCUACAGCGAAUUACUGCAGACAUUCUCUAUUGGUCAAGGUUUUGCCAGAAGAACCGUUGUCUGUUAUAAAACUGACUUUAUUGGACCGCCAAAAGUCAAUGGUGAAAUAUCACAAACAAACGAGUUUGUCGGUAGAUCUUUCGAUAGGAUGGGAAUCGAAAGUCAAUGCACUCCUACUGCAUCACCGGAACACAGUAAGCCAAGGCAGAUGAAAUCUACUCCUGCUUAUGAAAUCUAUCGACCACCAGCGGCAAGGCGAGCUAGGCUUGAAAAAUCGCCAGUUGAAUGUUCCCCAAGCGAACAAACGAGUACAGAUCCCACUACAAAACCAAAUCGCCAGAAACGUCCAGAUCGUGCUGUUUACGUUCCAAGGCAUAGACGUAGUGCUCCUGAAGUAGAAACUACUAAUGUUCCUGUUAAAGAUGCUCAAUCUAAGAUACCAAAGGAGACUGCAAGUUCUAAUUCAAAGAUGCGAAGCAAUAGGACCAAGAGUAAGAGUCCACAAACGACGAUUACUAAUAAUACAACCAUUGAAAAAAUAGAAGUCCAAGUAGUGGAAGCUCCAACUCAUGUAAAGACUACAAAUGAAAUAAAUAUACAAACUGAAGGAACGGAAAGUACAAACUUGCUAUUAGAUAUCAACAAUUCUGAAAAAAUUCAAGAACAGAGCGUUAUCGCUGAAAUGUCUGUGGAGAUCGGUUCCCCAAAUAAAAAUGUAAAAGAAACCGCGAAAUCUCGUGAAAAAGAUGAUAAGAAUGAAUCUGAAAAUGUGCCUGCUUACUCCGAGGAAUCUGACAAAAGAGACCGAAGAAAAUCAAUGGAAAUUGAUGAAGAUAGUAAUAAUACUUCUGAUACACUAACGCAUACAAAUAUAAGUGACAAUAAUAAAAGUGAAGUGCAACAAUCGACAACAUCAAACUCACAAAAUUCGAAAAGUGAUAACAACAAACAAAAUGAUGGACUAGUGAAACAACCAUUAGUUUCUAAGGUGUUGGUAAUUUCGUCAGCUGAAGCAAAGCAAGAAAAUCCUGAUCCAGCACCAUCGCUGACUCCAACGGUGGUUCCGAUGACGCCACCAGAAAAAAAAGUGAAAAAAGUUGAGAGACCAAAGAGUAAACCUGCAGCUCCACCUGCACUUUCUGUGAAAAUUGAUCGCGAUGAGUGUGAUUGGGAAAGCUUGUUCGACGAUAAUGGUGACUGUCUUGAUCCAACAUUGAUCGAAGAGUUAAGCUCAUCAGUGGGAGAGGUAGUUAUAGAGAAACCGAAAAGCAAUUUUAAGGCCUUUAGUCAGCCGAUCGAAGUAUCAAACGAUGAAUACGCACAUAUUGUUGAGAUUUACAACUUCCCAACAGAAUUUAAGUCAAUUGAUUUAGCUGCUGUAUUUAGUCCUUGGAAAAGCGGUGGAUUUGAACUAAAAUGGGUCGAUGAUACGCAUUGCCUUGGAGUUUUUAGCAGUCCCCUCGUUGCUGCUGAAGUUUUAGCGUCAGAACAUCCAUUUGUAAAAACAAGACCACUGAGUGAAGCUAGUUCAUUAAGCAAAUCGAAAGUACGAAAAAGUUCGGAAUUCCUUCAGCCUUAUCGAACUCGACCGGAGACUUGCGCUGCUCUUGCGAGACGUUUAGUCACAAAAUCGCUGGGAGUUACACUAGCAACUGCAAGACAAGAACGUGAACAAGAAAAGAUAGUUUUACGAGAGGCAAAAGAGAAAAGAAGACUUGCAAAUAAACAACGAGAAGACGUUUGGGAGGGCAUUAUUGCAAAUAAAUCAAGUUCAUAAUUUUAUUGAUUUAAACAAAAUCUUACUGCCGAUCAGUGUAUACUAACGUGCAUUAAAUCUGAAUAUGUGCCUUUUGCAAAAGGGCUCAGAUAUAAUUAGGGACAAAUUUUAUUAUUACUACUAUUUUUGUUAAGAAAUUUAUUUGUAAACUAUUAUUACUAGUUAGAUCAUAGUAAUACAAAACGAUUGCUAAUUAAUUUUUUAAUAUAUUUUGAUAUAUUUAAAAUGAUUUUUAAUGUGACAAUUUAUUUUGUACAUUGAGUCAUAUCAUUGAAACUGAAUACGAAUUUUUAUCGUUAAAGAGAUAAAUAAGUAAAUCACCAAGAUAGAAUAAGUUUUAACGUUACCCUUUUGCUUUGAAUAAUUUGUAAAUAUCAAUAAAAUAAAAUUACGCACAAUUUCACAAAAAAAAUUCUUUAAUGUUAGAUGAUUAAAUUGAAUAAUUUUGUUGGGAAUUUCAUACUUUUCAAUAAUUAUAACAGAAAAAAUGUAGCAAAGUAUUUUUGUACAUGAUUAUCGUUAAUAGUCCGAAUAAUUAUACUCUGCAACACAUGACCUAGUCAUUAAAAAAAGUGUGUUACUUAUAUUUGACGUUGAUAACUACGUUAUGUAUUCGAAGGAAAUGUUUGUGAUCGAAAAAUCA